AAGCUGGUUUAGUUUCAUUCGGAAGCGGUCGGUCGUUGGCGCAACAUCCAGAGCUCGGACGCGACGCUCUGGUUCCCGGCGUUUUUUGCACGAGUUUUUUCCAUACGUAUUUGUUCAUUGACAAAAACUAAAGCUGCGCUCAGUGCGUGACAGUGUGUGUGUGCGAGCGAGCCGUGUUCGGAUUCAUAGUCGUGGGCUCAAGUGUGAGUGUGAGUGCUUUGUGUGCAGAAUAAUUUUUGCAAACAUUAUGUAAAUGCGCAAAUUAAAGUUCAAUCGACGCUCAACAGACCAGGGGCCACGUCCAGAUCCAAAUCCAGAUCACCUUGCCUUUCGUGCUACGGAGCAACAGUUUUUUGAAAAUAACUUCCAAUUUGAAAAGCCACCAGCAGAGGGCGCUGCCAGGAACACCCACACUUACGACAACACCCACACUUAGGCCACAGGAUCCGGCGCAAAGAACCGUUAGUCGCCGAAAUUUUAAAAAAUGGCCACGACAGCGGCCGCAAUGGCCGCCACCAGCGUUGUGGUAUUGGAUCGCGGCAACAACACAACCUGCACCAUUAACUUGCAUGGCGCCACAGUUGUCUCCUGGCGUGUCAACAAUCAGGAGCAGUUGUUUGUCAGCAAGCUGGCCUCGUUCGAUGGCAAGAAGGCGAUACGUGGCGGAAUACCCUUUGUGUUUCCCCAGUUUGGAGCAUGGUCCUUCGGGCCCCAGCACGGAUUUGCGAGGAUUACCCGGUGGCACUUGGAGCGACCUCCGGAGAGGCUGCACAACGGAGAUGUCGAGGCUAUAUUCUCGCUGAUGGAUAACGACUUUACACGCUCCAUCUGGAACUAUCAGUUCCGCAUUUCCUACCGCUUGAUCCUGCGGGAAAAGGAGCUCCACUUCCACAUCGGCGUCUACAACCCCAGCAAGGAGCUGAGCUUCACUUUCAAUAUGCUGCUGCACACAUACCUGAAGGUGCCCGAUGUCCGGCGGUGUCAGAUCACAGGCCUGCAGGGCUGCCACUUCAUCGACAAGACGCGGGAGAACUCCCUCUACCAGGAGGGACGCGAGGUGGUCACAGUGAACGAGUGGACCGACAGGAUCUACCAGCACACCCCGCAGGAGCACGUCAUCACCAAUGUGGUGUCCGGCCGCAAGAUGCGACUGCACAAAUACAAUUUCCCCGAUACGGUCAUCUGGAAUCCUUGGAUCGAUCGAUCGCGUGAAAUGAGUGACUUUGGCGAUGACGAGUUCCCCAACAUGCUGUGCGUGGAGGCGGGCAAUGUGACCUCCCCCGUGAUCCUGUUGCCGGGCACAGCCUUCGAGGCCAGUCAGAUCCUUCAGCAAUUCAAGUGCCCCUAUACUAUUAACUCUAAAAACUGGAGGGGCAAACUAACCGCUUUUCCCCUUUACGAUUAGCGUUGCUGCAUUUCUCAAGAUUCUGCCAUAAUUUCUCAAUCAAAAUUCUUUACUUUGCAUGCCACAUCAGAUCAUCAUCGAGGGCAAUGUUAGUCGCAAGACCAAGCGGAAUCGCUAGCGUUUAAAGAAUCGGAACCCGCUGAGGUAAACCGAUUCGCAACCAUGUCAAAGCGCACUUUUCCACAGAUAUCCAGAUCCUCAGCCUCAAUGACUUCUGGAGCAAGAGCAGGAGCAGGAGGACCAGCACGAGGACCGUGAUGAAGAGCCGGAAGGAACAGUAAACUGUUUCGAUGUUCCCUCACAGAUUUUAGUCUCUAAUCUAUAUCUUAAGUAAUCGUAAAGCCCUCUCUAGUAAUUUGUGUUGUGCAAGAAUCGAUAAAUGAAUGUGUGUUACACUUGCUAACCUAGUUUUCAUCCUUAGUUCGAGCCUACAGGAUGCUGACCUUAGAACAUUCCGUACGGGAGAAUUAUCCAAAAGUAAAUGUGCAUGAUAGGUAUCUAAUCCUUGGAGAUGUUGGAGCUGGAAGACGAAUUUGAGCAUAAUUCAAAAUAAUAAAUUAAGCCCCAGAUAAGUGUUUAAAGUUUAAACUUAAGAGCAAUGAACUCAUUUUUUGCUCCUCCAAGAGUUCAUAUAUUAAACAAAAAGUAAAAAUAAUAAUAAAUAAAUAAAAUCAAAACUAAAAACUAUUGAGUAAUGGGUGCUCCUAUCUAUGGAUCCAUUCCCAUUUCCUUACAAGUAUACGAUUGAAUAUAGAUAACUUAAAUCAAUUUUAAAAUAUGUAAAAUACUAAAAGCUAUUAUCUGUAUCAAUUAUUGUAAUAAAUCCCCAUAUGAUAUUUAA